GUAAUUUUAUGUACAAAACUACAAAUAGCCGCAAACGCGUUCUUCCACGUCUCCCCCUCCGAAACUUUAGCACGACGACUAACGCAGCUAGUUCUUUAGAUGGCCGGAAAUGAUACGCCGCCGCCUGAGCAAGCCCUAAUUCGGGUCCAUUCGCCGCCGGGCGGCAACAAUUUUAAUCCGGUUGAGGCGGAAACGCCGGCCCUUCACGCGGCCACUCGGAUAUACUACGGAGAAAUCAACCAUUUCCGGAAAUGGUUUCCCUGGCUGAUUCCUUCAUUCAUUAUUGCAAAUGUUGUCAUGUUCGUGAUCACCAUGUAUUUGAACGAUUGUCCCCAGAAUUCCGUCUCCUGCGUUGCUCGUUUCUUGGGGAGGUUCUCUUUUCAGCCCUUCAGAGAGAAUCCUCUUCUCGGACCUUCUUCUAACACGUUACAGAAGAUGGGUGCAUUGGAUGUGAGUAAGGUGGUCCAUAAACAUCAGGUCUGGUGCCUUAUCACUUGCAUUUGGUUGCAUGGUGGGAUUUUUCAUUUACUGGCCAACAUGUUGAGUCUUUUAGCUAUUGGCAUUCAGCUAGAACGAGAAUUUGGAUAUGUGCGCAUUGGACUGCUCUAUAUCAUAUCUGGUGUUGGUGGAAGCUUGUUAUCCGCACUUUUUAUAAAAUCCAACAUAUCUGUUGGUGCUUCUGGUGCUCUUUUUGGAUUAUUGGGGAGCAUGCUUUCCGAGCUUUUCAUUAACUGGACUAUCUAUGCAAACAAGUUCGGGGUUUUGGUCACACUGCUGAUCAUCAUUGCUGUCAAUUUAGCAGUGGGAAUUCUGCCACACGUUGACAACUUUGCUCAUAUUGGAGGGUUUCUAUCUGGUUUCUUUCUUGGGUUUGUGUUCCUUAUUCGCCCCCACUUUGGAUGGGUUAGCCAGAGGUAUGCUGCCCCUUCCACAUAUUCUUCAACGCCUAAACCGAAAUUCAAGGUGUAUCAAUUGGUUCUCUGGGGUUCUUCUCUUAUCCUUCUGAUUAUUGGCUUAACCACAUGCAUUGUCAUGCUUCUUCAUGGAGUGGACUUGAAUGAGCAUUGUUCUUGGUGUCACUAUUUGAGUUGUGUUCCUACUUCGAAGUGGAGCUGCAACACAGAACCUAUUUCCUGCCUGUCAGAGCAAUUUGGCAACGAGCUUCGAAUAACUUGCUCAAACAGCAACAGAACCAGAACAUAUCAAUUGCCAAACCCAAGUACAUCUCAGAUUCAAGGGCUAUGUGGUCAGUUCUGCCGGUGAUGAGUCCGAAGCCUAUCAAAGUGCAACGAAAGAAAGUGUUUGAAAGCCCACUGUUAUUGGGUGCGCCAUAGCUAUCGGAAUCAUUAUUGAAAUUGUUUGGUUCAGCAAGUUAGUUUGUAAAACCCAAGUAAAUGGUAGACCCGUUUAUUGAAAUUGUUUGGUUCAGCAGGUAGACCCGUUGUAACGUUCGGAAUCAUUCAAUACAGACCACACAUAUGU